GACAUGACCCUUGUUCCAAAGGUUCUAUUUACUUUUCUCCCUGGCCAUGUUGGUAGGCUCAUCACUUCAUCCUUUCUUCUCUGCAGCCUAUCUGCUAAAUAAUGCUUCGGCUUGCAGCAGCGCAGACUCGACCGCGCUGCCAUUCGCAACGUUAUUGUACCCCAGUCUUACUUUCGUUGCAUACUUGCCCAGCGCGAGGAACGCGAAUGCCGUCAUCAUCCGUUCACGCCGUUCGUUUCCCAAGUGAAAGCAAGUUGGCAUCGUUAUACAAAUCAGCUUAUUUUGUUGACGCAUAUGCUGUGUCACUCCCAAUACCUAAGUCAGGAGCAUACACACCAGAUGUCCUCGCACGGGCCUUUUUUUGCGAGCCACCUGCCUGGUUCUCACUGUUGAUGCGGAUUAGAGAUCGAGUUAUGGCAACCUUUGGCGUGAAGCGCUCUACGGAAAUACAAGCAGCAGCAGAGAAAAGGGGCAUCGACACUAUUGCAGUGUUCCCUAUCCUCUCGCGCACAGACAGUGAGAUUAUUGUGGGAGAAUUUGACAGCCAUCUCGACUUUCAAACUUCAAUUCUGAUAAGGGAACACCAAGAUUUUGUAAUGGAUUACAUGGAAAGCAAUAGCGAAGCUAGGGAGAUGGUCGUAACUACAGUAGUCCAUUGCCAUGGGCUUUUUGGGAAGGUCUAUAUCGCAAUCAUUAAAGCCUUCCAUGUCAUGAUUGUCAAGUACAGUUUGAGGAGAGUACCAGGUAGGAUACGUUAGAUGGUUGUUAACUUAAAACUUAAGUGAACAUCUUGACUCCUGUCAAAGCUCAAGGAAGGGAAUGCAGAGGCCAAAAGCUCUCAUCAUAUGGAAAGAACUUCGGCAGUAAAUUAUUACCAUCACUUGAUUACGAUAUCUUAGCUUCUAGAUAGCGCUGUGACUAUUGCACAAGGAUCUUGUACGCACUUCGUGCGCCUCUUUCACGCUUUAAGGAAUGCCGAGGCAACCGAGCUAAGGGCUGCGGGUUCAUAGACGUGAGCAAUAGCUGCGCGGUUUUCUUGUUUAUUGUAGAUUACAC